CAUACAUGUAAUAGGCUAAUUCUGGCUUCUGACAACAGACAUGUGAACGUACUGAAAAAAGAAUAAUUAUGUACAUAGGCUUUUGUUCCAUCGAAGCAGCACAGGCCGUGUCACAAAUAAACAAUUGAAUUUAUUUGUUGAAGUAUCGGAGAGCACAACAGAAAAUUCCAAAAGAGUCCAUGUCACAACCACAAGAAAAAAAAAAAAUAUCGUCCCUGGGUGGGCUCGAACCACCAACCUUUCGGUUAACAGCCGAACGCGCUAACCGAUUGCGCCACAGAGACAACUGGAAAGUUGGUAGUUUCAAAAAACACAUUACUAAAUUCAAAUUGAUAUCACUCAUUUCACUUUUAUUUUUCUUUUGUUCAGUAAAGUUGCUUGGUUUGGACUGAAUAUACUACUUGGAUUCCACCAUAAAAAUACUAAUUAAAUAACUUCCCCACAUUUUGAUCAAUACCUUGUAAUAUUUUUAUUUAACCUGUAGAGAAAAAUAAGUGAGAUUACUUUUGUAUAACCGCGACCUUCACCCCACAAUGGCGGAAUAACUUGGUUUGCGAAAGAAAAUCUGAGUGACUGCUUUCGUUUUGGUGUGGUGGAGCUUUUAUCAUUGAAUAUUUCAAUCGUUGCGAGCCUAGGCGCUAAGUAAACGGGUAUCUUGAUGCUUCAGACUUUUGUCAGGAAAUUUCAUGGCUCUUUUUCAAGAUCUGUGAGUGAAAAGAUGGUGCGAGUGCUAAAUGUUGCAGAGAAGAAUGAUGCUGCAAAAUCUCUUUCUGAUGUCUUGUCCCAGGGAAGAUUCUCGAAGAGAGAGGGCUUCUCCAAGUUCAACAAGAUCUACGAGUUUGACUACAGGCUCAUGAACCAGCAAGUGAAGAUGAGCAUGACAUCCGUGUCAGGGCAUUUGUUGGGGCUGGAAUUCAUUGGGCUUUUUAAGAAAUGGAAUACUUGCAAUCCUGUGGACUUGUUCUCUGUCCCGGUGGAAAAAUACUGCCCUGAGCAGUUCAAAGACAUAAAGAGAACGUUGGAGAGAGAAAUAAAAACUUGCCAGACUUUGAUUAUAUGGACUGAUUGUGAUCGAGAGGGGGAGAACAUCGGAUACGAAGUCAUUGAAGUUUGCCAGGCAGUGAAGCCAAACAUCAAGGUGUACAGAGCAAAAUUCUCAGAAAUCACUCCCCAUGCCGUGUCUCGGGCGAUCAACAACCUCGGUCCCCCUGACCCACGAAUCAACGACGCUGUUAACGUCCGGCAAGAGCUGGAUCUCAGAAUAGGAGCUGCGUUCACAAGGUUUCAGACAUUGCGUCUGAAGAAAAUAUUCCCGGCAGCUUUGGGGGAACAGCUCAUCAGCUACGGCAGCUGCCAGUUCCCCACUCUGGGCUUUGUGGUGGAGCGCUACAAACAGGUCAUGAACUUCAUCCCGGAGCCUUUCUGGAAGAUCAGAGUGACACACACCCACGAUGGUGUCAAGGCGGACUUCAGCUGGAAAAGAAAUCGUCUUUUUGAUUAUCUUGCGUGUCAAGUUCUAUUUGACCAAUGCACUGAGAGCCCAGUGGCCACAGUGGUGGACGUGAGGAGCAAGAGCAAAAGCAAGUGGAGGCCGGCUGCUUUGGACACUGUGGAGCUGGAAAAAAUUGCUUCUCGUAAGCUGAAGGUGAAUGCCAAGGAGACGAUGAAGAUAGCGGAGAAGCUGUACACACAAGGCUUGAUCAGUUACCCGCGCACGGAGACCAACAUGUUCCCCAAGGAGAUGGACCUGGUCAGCUUGGUGCAGGAGCAGACGCGGGAUCCCAACUGGGGAGAAUUCGCUCAACAAGUUUUAGAAAAUGGCCCACAUCCCCGCAAUGGAUCAAAGACGGACAACGCCCAUCCUCCCAUUCACCCUCUCAAGUAUACUGCUUCUUUGCAGGGCAACGAGCAAAAGAUCUAUGAGUUCAUCGUGCGUCAUUUCUUGGCCUGUGUGUCCCAGGAUGCUCAAGGUCACGAGACGGUUGUGGAGAUCGACAUCGCUCAAGAGAGGUUUCAUGCUCAAGGUUUGAUGAUCCUGGCCCGAAACUAUUUGGACGUCUACAUAUAUGAAAAGUGGAACGCAAAAGAAAUUCCUCUGUACAGUCAAGGAGACCAGUUCGAGCCAAAUGCAAUUGAGAUCGUGGCCGGAGAGACGAGCGCCCCGCCUCUUCUGUCGGAGGCAGACUUGAUUGCCCUCAUGGAGAAACACGGCAUAGGCACCGAUGCGACCCACGCGGAUCACAUUGAGACAGUGAAGUCUCGCAUGUACGUCGGACUGCGGCCUGAUGGGAAGUUUGUCCCAGGAGAGCUGGGAAUGGGCCUGGUGGAAGGCUACGACAACAUGGGCUACGAGAUGUCCAAGCCAAAUCUCCGCGCUGAGCUGGAAGCUGACCUCAAACUAAUUUGUGAUGGUCGCAAGUUUAAAGAUGAGGUGCUGCAGGUUCAGGUACAGAAGUACAAGGAGGUGUUUGUCGAGGCUUGCAGACAGGCUCAGAAGUUGGACGAGGCUCUCUCGGUCUAUCUCGGCGAGGCGCAGACAGCCCCAGACUAUGAAGAGAUGUCGGUGGCAGCGCCGUCUAUUGUGAUGAAGUGUCCUCGCUGUGGUCAGCCCAUGACGCUCCGGACAAAGAAGGACGGGAGAAGUUUUUACAUUGGAUGUUCGAGCUAUCCUGACUGCAAGGCGUCCAUCUGGUUGCCAGAGACGGUUCUACAAGCCAGUAUAACAGACGAGGUUUGCCAAAAUUGUAACCCCGGGCCUGUGAUGAGGCUGAGGUUGAAGUUCAAGCCUGGAAGUGUUCCUGUGACAGUGUCCACCGACUACGUGGGCUGUGUGGCCGGCUGUGACGAGAUGUUAACCGAAGUCCUCGGGAUCCGACCUCUGGCCGCUGCGUCGUCACAAGCUUCCCGCCCAAACAUGCCAGGUGCCGCACAGAGGACUCCGACAGCCGGCGGCAACAACAGACAAACUGGCACCUCGUCCAACAACUCACAUGCCAACAGCAGCAGAGGGGGCAGCGGUGGGGUUCGAACUGGAUCAACCGGCUCCAGCAACUACUCAAGGUCAGUCCACACAGCCUCUCCGAGUCUCGGCGCGACCAACAACUGUGCGGGGAACACCAACAACAACUACAACAACAGCUACAGCAACAGCAACAACUACAACAGCAGCAACUACAACAGCAGCAACAACACUCCCGGCUCCAACAGAAUGGUGGUAAACAACAGAGACGCUCAAGCCUCGGUCAGGCCUUUCUUCAACAACAGUUUCACCUCCGGCCCCUUGCGACCAGCCGGCCCGCGACCACAUACUCCUGCUCACAGAUCCCCGCUAGCCUCCGUCCAUGGUGCUAAUAAUAGCUACGGAAACACUGGCCAGGGCAGAGGUCGGGCUCCGUUUGGUUCUGCGGGUGUUUCCGGGAGUGGAGGUGACGGCGACGCGGGGGACAGAGACAGAGCCAUUGUGUGCAACUGUGGGAACGACGCUAUACAGCUGACUGUCAGAAAGGAAGGACCCAACACAGGUCGCCAGUUUUAUAAAUGUUCCGGUCAGAACGGCAGCAACUGCAACUUCUUCAUGUGGGCGGACGAAGGAGACGGAGGUCAGAGGUCAAGCACAUCGUCGUCGUCUGACAGCCCAUGGCGAGCCAACGAGCGCGGCCACCAAACUCCCAGACAACAGACCCCGGCCCGUAACUACAACAACAGUCCAGGCGGGGUGGGGAACAACGCUGCCGAGGACGAAGUCAGCUGCCGAUGUGGCCUGCCAGCAAAGUUCCUCACGGUGCAAAAGGUGGGGCCAAACACGGGCAGACAGUUCUACGCCUGCAGCAAACCCAGGGAACAGUCGUGCAAUUUCUUCCAGUGGGCUGACGAGGGAGAUGGGAACUCGUCAUUUCGUGGUCCGGGCAGUGGCUCCUCUGGUGGUGGUCUGGGCCCAUUUCAGCCCAGACCAGGAGGAGGAGGAGAAGGAGGAGGAGGCAGCGGGGCCAAGAGGAAGAGACCUCCACCAGGAGGGGGAGGAGACGGGCCGAAGCCGAGGAAACCUCCCACGUGUGGCUACUGUGGACAGCCAGGUCACAGGAAGCCUAAGUGUCCGGAGCGGAGUGGGGACUUCUGACGCUCUCGUGGGACGAGAUGUCAUGAGACUGAGAUUGUCUGUGAUAAUAAUUAAUUGUCUGUCGCUGAUGAACUUUCCAGCAAGUGAUUCACUUCCUUCGCUCCUCCCCGUCUUCCUGGUUAGCUUCUCCGCCGGCUGCUGAUGGGAAUAAUGUUUGGAUGACGGUGUCUUACGCUAAAGUCUUUCAAUUCAAUGGUUGAGCUUACAUAUUUUUUACUUUAAUUAUUUGUUAUUGUUUUUCUUUGUGUGUGUGUGUGUGUGUGUGUGAUGAAUUUGAGAAAAUAAGACUGAGAAAAUGAUUUUUAUAUAUGCAUGUUUGUGAAUCUAAUAAAAAAAAAUUUUGUUUGGGAAGUACUUAUUUAACAGAUAAAUUAUGGUCGCUUUUAAGGACAUGCGGGCUAACCCACAUUUCAGGAGUUUCCAGAAAUCUUGACCUACACCAAAAGUGGUAGAGAAAACUCUCCUUGUCUUUUAAGGAAACUGAACUAGGGGCAAAAACUUUUCCUUUGAUUUUCUCUAAGCAGCAUUUUUUGUGAUAACCCCCUUGUACUUGAAAGCGACCAAAUAAGACUUAAAAAAGAAUUUUGAUGUGAAAUUAGUGUUUUCUACAGUGUAUACAGUUUUCGUUCAACAUCCCUGUCUUGAAUGACAGUCAGUUGGAAAGCUGUAUGUAGACAGUAGAAUAGUGCUGUCUAUUAUAUAUUGACAGACAGAUUCUCAAAAACUCUGGGCCUUAUUUUCUCUUCUCGGGACAAGUCUAUUGGGUGAUUUCACGAGGAAAAUUGUGGUAGUUAUGCAGGGAGUGCUGAGACUGAGCUGUACCAUCACACAUGCGCACAUGUGUACGCACAUACACAAACACACACACACACACCAACACACACACACCAACACACACACAAUCAUACACACACUCACCAACACAUGCACGUACGCACACACACAUACACACACACAGAAUGAUUCUAGAAAUUAUUCUCAACUCUUGCCAGAUGUGUUCAGAUGAAACUAUGGGUCCAUCCAAAGACAGAAAUACCCUACAUAUAUAUAUGAUUUUAUUGGAAGUUCCUUCAUGUUCUUCUUCUUCUUCUUCUUCUUCUUCUUCUUCU